AUGACACAACGAUCCAUUCAAGGCGUUCAAGAUGUGCGUAUACGAACAUUAACAAUGCAUUCGAUUAUUGCUCCUGAAAACUUUCAAUUUAUAAAUAAUCACCAAAAAUGGACGUCCUCAUUAAUCUGGACUGUUUUAGUUGUAACACUUUCGACUAGUUUUGUUAUGGGUGUGAAUAAUGGCGGUCCAAAUCAAUAUAAUUCCUUCAUCGUUCCCUGGGCAAGAGGAUAUCCGUUUCCAUGUCAAAAAGCUGAUGACGCAGCACGAUGGGUGGCAACUGUUUGGUGGAAUUCAAUACCAGCCGAUAAACAGGUUUUACAAAGCAUUAUCGAUGCAGCUCAUUCGAUAUGUUUUGUUAUUGGUGGUACAAUUGGAGGCUUAACUGGACAAUAUUGGUAUUUGCUUUUCACAAAGUUAAUGCUCUAA